CUAUCGUCGCCAUCGCUUACUACGCGGUGUUCGUCAAUCCCGUCUUUGAGGCAAUCUCGACGCCUAGCUGUGUCUUUACGACCCCCCAGCCGUCUGUCAUGUGCUUGAUGGCAGAUAUCGCCUUCUGCACGGUGCCCGGUCAAACCAUCCAUACCGAUGGUUGCCAGCAUGUUCCCGAUGGCACUUCGAUCCCUCCGAUUCCUCAAUCGCCUUGAUGGAACAAACAAAGAACAUGACACUCGUUGUCAUAAGGCUCAACGAUGCGGUAGCUGCUGCUGCGACUGACCUUGUUGCUAUGCACGAGGCGGCAACCAGAUACCUUCACCGAGCGGUACUCUCGUCGAUGAUCCCGUUCAUACCCGCCUUAAUGCCGAGCCGAUCCUGGAUCGCAGCUCAGCUCUUCAAAGCGACUUACAACUCGACGGUGAUGACGUCGGACGGAUUGUCAACACUCGCCGGAUCUGCUCUAUCUUCCAUCCAGGACCUGCGAAACGCAAGCGGCAUCCUCCAGGACAACGUGAAGCAGUACUGCUCUACUGGACCGCCUGUUAGAAUGCCGUUUGGGCACGUACCUCGACACGCCUUCCUAGAGCUAACGUGCGAUCGGCUCGUGGCGACAACGGCACUGGCUGAUGAGUAUUUGCAUGCUUGUGGCACCGCCGUUGCCCAGUUGACCUCCGCCAUCGACCGCACGCUGUUCGAGAUGGCCGCUUUAGAGAUGAAGGUGAAGCAGCAAGUGAAUUUGGAGGCUGUUUCGGACGUACAUUCAUGGAUGGUCGAAUUCUAUCAAGCGGAGUACUUGCACCUGGAUGACCUCGUACGCGCGGGAGAGACGGUGCCGACCUCGGGAAAGUACAUGGCGAUCGUUGCUUAGGAUUUGCGCUCUCGUCUCUUCUGUUCUGUGAUUCUACCCAACUUGUGUCCCUUUCAUAUUUUCUGCGAAUGUUUGUGCUUCGUGUACGAUAUUGAUGAGUCGUUUCAUCUGCGCUGCUGUUAUGUAUAUACGACUCGACUACUUACCCUGCGCUUGAUGCGCCGGUCUUCAAUUAUAUGCGCUCGCGAUACGUAUCGCGAGGCGUUCGCAUAGACCGUGAGAUGCACAGAAAAGAGGGAGGUGUGCGUCGACCUAGCCGCGCAAGUCUAGAUCUGGAGGGAGGUAUACUCUGAGGUCGUCGCCGCGCGCAGUUUCACUCGCGUGGUGCCCGCGACAAGACUGCCAUACUAUGAUGAUACUAUACACCGAGUCCGUAUUGACCAAG